GACCUCCAGCUCCCCACCCAGGCAGCCUGUGGACAUCCAUAGGUCCCUCUAGUACUCAAGCUGGCGAAUCUUUUCUGCAAAAAUAAAAAAUAAAAAUACAAAGUGCUGGUCCGCAAGCAACCCCAAGGCCUCACUCAGAAGCUUCCCAACGCGAUAAUUUCAGGACGGCCCCUAUCAUUUCGCGUAGCUUGUAGGCCGAUAUCGAAUCCCGUCCCGCCUGCCACGGUCGAAUAUUAAAUCCCACUCUGACAACUCCGUCAAGAUGCAGGCCCCCGUUUUGGUCAUGAACACCCAGAGCGGUGAGAGACAAUUUGGCCGCAAAGCUCAGCUCUCUAACAUUGCCGCCGCCAAAACUGUUGCCGAUAUUAUUCGAUCGUGCCUCGGGCCUAAGGCUAUGUUGAAGAUGUUAUUGGAUCCUAUGGGCGGCAUCGUGCUGACGAACGACGGCCACGCCAUCCUGCGAGAGAUCGAGGUGUCGCACCCAGCUGCCAAGAGCAUGAUCGAGCUCAGCCGGACGCAAGACGAGGAGGUGGGUGACGGCACAACAACCGUCAUUAUCUUGGCCGGCGAGAUCUUGGCACAUGCCCUCCCACAACUAGAACGAAAUAUACACCCCGUCGUCAUCAUUUCCGCCUUCAAGCGCGCGCUGAAGGACGCGCUAGAGAUCAUCGACGAGAUAUCGUUGCCCGUUGACACCAACGACGACAAAGCCAUGUAUAACUUAAUCUCCUCCUCGAUCGGUACCAAGUUCGUCUCGAGGUGGUCCGACCUCAUGUGCAGCCUGGCUCUCAGUGCCGUCCGGACCGUCGCGUGGGACGCAGGGAACGGCAAGCGAGAGGUUGACAUCAAGCGGUAUGCCCGCAUAGAGAAGGUUCCGGGCGGGGAGAUCGAAGACAGCACAGUACUAGACGGAGUCAUGCUUAACAAGGACAUAACCCAUCCCAAGAUGCGAAGACGGAUCGAGAACCCGCGGAUUGUGCUUUUAGACUGCCCCCUCGAGUACAAGAAGGGAGAGUCUCAGACGAAUAUCGAAAUCACAAAGGAGGAAGACUGGAACCGCAUCCUGCAGAUUGAAGAGGAGCAGGUUAAGGCUAUGUGCGAUUCGAUCUUGGCUCUCAAACCUGACUUGGUUAUCACGGAGAAGGGUGUGUCGGAUCUCGCGCAACACUUCUUCGUGAAGGCCAACAUCACCGCGCUACGCAGGGUUCGGAAGACGGACAACAACCGAAUAGCUCGAGCUACUGGCGCUACCAUCGUAAACCGGGUGGAUGAUCUCCAGGAAUCUGACGUCGGAACUAAGUGCGGGCUGUUCGAGAUCGAGAAGAUUGGCGACGAAUACUUCACCUUCCUAACCAAGUGCAAGGCGCCUAAGGCUUGCACCAUCCUGCUGCGGGGUCCCUCUAAAGACAUCUUAAACGAGGUGGAGCGGAACCUUCAGGAUGCCAUGGGUGUAGCCCGAAAUGUCAUGUUCCACCCCCGGCUCUCGCCUGGUGGAGGGGCAACGGAGAUGGCAGUCUCGGUACGGUUGAAUCAACUAGCGAGGAACAUCGAGGGCGUGCAACAGUGGCCCUACAAGGCGGUCGCCGAAGCCUUGGAAGUCAUCCCCAGGACCCUGGUCCAGAACGCUGGCGCCAGUCCAGUGAGGGUCCUCACCGAGCUUCGUGCCAAGCAAGCGGAGGGCAAGAGCUCGUGGGGCAUCAACGGAGAUACGGGGACCAUCGCGGAUAUGAAGGACUACGGCAUCUGGGAACCGGAGGCGAUCAAGCUCCAAAGCCUCAAGACUGCCAUCGAGGCCGCGUGUCUGCUCCUGAGAGUUGACGAUAUCUGUAGCGCAAAGAAGGCGCAACACGCCGGAGCUCCCGGGUUGGGUGGAGGAGAGGACUAAAAAUGGGAGAUAGGGGAAGGAAAAAAUAUUUGACGAAGCCGCUGGGCGUGCCCACGAGGUGUUGGCAUUCGAAGAGGACAUACCCCAUGCAUCAACCAACGACUAGACAAAAGGCCGCAUGAGAUAGACAAAUGAUGUGGCUCUGCUGCGACGUCUACAAGGACCAACAUGGUUGUCGUCCUACCCUCGUAGCUGCGUAACAUAACUGACGAGGGAUCGCGUAGCCCAUAAAUGGUUCUCUAGGUCGUUGCCCCUUGUUUUCUUCGAUUUGGGGUUGACUGUCCUGAGGUAAGUUACCGAAUUGUAGAUUGCCUUCAUCACAGCUUUUCAUGUUGCGCUUCUUGUGGCCAUAGUCAAUUUAUACCCCCUUACUUUUCCC